CUUCCAAACACAGCAAAGCCAUGGCAGUCCCCCGAUCCAUGUUGCUACAACUGGGGCUGUCUCUGUGCUGUGCACUAUACUUUUCUUCUGCCAGCCCUACACAAUACAAAGACAACUGCAUGGUCUUUGACACAUCCGUCACCACCAACAACUCCAACAUCACAGUCACCCCAGACGUCUUUGAGAACAACAUAAACUACACAGUAUGGGUUCCUGUGAACGACAACGACAGUGCUGUGGUCCUGCAGGCCUUUGACAAGAACAAACACUCAGUGGGCUUCUGGCAAGACGCAGAUGAGGACUGCAACAGCAGUGCUCUGUAUCACGUGACCAGCUUCAAGCGCCCACUCCUCAAGGCAAACUGGAUAGUCUCUGGUUCUGAAGACUUAACUGAAGUUGAGCUGCAAGUCUUCACUGUCAAUUUCAACCGGACGGCUACAGUUUCUUCUCUGAAACUAGGAGGAAAAGUGACAGCCACACCCUGGACCUCCAACCACAUGAACAGCCUGACCACAAUCCCGACCAUAACCAAGACCACAGCCAACAUCACAACCAAUACCACCACCAAGACCACCACCAAGACCACCACCAGGACUACAAACAUGACUACAACCAUGACUACAUCCAGGACCACAUCCAGGACCACAUCCAGGACCACAACCCCAGCCACAACGAAAAGCUUGGCCGUCAGAGCACUCAGCAGUCCUAUUGCAGGUGCCAUCCACAUCCUGCUUGUUUUUCUCACCAGCAAACUCCUCUUCUAAAGCAAACAGUGAUGGCUCCCCCUGCAGCGCAUCCCUCCAUGCUCAGCUCCCAUGCCUGCCACGGCUGGACUGUGUGAGUGAAGGCUCCGCAUUCUCCAGUGUGCACCCCGCUGCCUCUGCCUCAGACCACAGACCUAGGGCACCCUCUGGUGU